AUGCCCCGCCACGGCAUCGCCUUCCCGCGCCAGUCGAGCGGAUUAAUACAUGGCGCGGCCCGCGGCGUGAGGAACGCCUUCAAAAGUAGAGCAGAAUUACAACGCGAGGCGGACCGGAGAAGAGUCGAUGUUUGUAUUGAGGAAUUAUUAUCCGUCGUCGACAGCCCGCCCGGCACUCGUCUCGUCGCGCGCGCACUUUUGAUUUUAUUACUCGACACGCCCGGCGACGAUUGGUACCAAAUCAGGGCGGCUUGGUCCCCGGACGACCAGUUCAUCGUUGGGACUUCGUGGGAUUGGUAUUCUACCGUCCUCGGCGUUUUCGACGCGGCGACCGGAGCGCUCCUCGACAAGUUCAGCAUCAACAUGGACGAGAGCGGUGUCAACCACCAGACGCGCGUGGAUUUUGUCGGGUUCACGGGGGAUUGCGGCGACGCGUGUCAAGACCUCGUGGCGAGCGCGACGCUCCAGGAAGGGGAUAAAAAAGACGAGACAUACACGUUCGCGAACAACCUAACUUACUACGACGUCGUGACCCUGGACGCGGACGACGCUCGCUGCCAGCCGACGCCUGCGCCCGUGCCGGCGCCCCACCACUCGGAUGGGGCCACGGCGCUCGCGGCCGGCCUCGCGAUGCCGGCGCUCGCGGCGCUCGCUCUCUAG